CGACAAUGAGCCUCCAUAAAAGGGAGCGGCGGGGGGCUGGGGCCCCGGAUUGAGCCCUCCCCGCCCGGGGUCCCGACGCUGUAGGUCUCGGGGAGGCCCUGACGCGCCGGUCGCAGGCCCGGCCGGCGAGCGGCGGGGAGGGGGCUGCAGGGGGCGGGAGGCGGCUGCUGGUUUGCGCGCCAAGGCCUGUGCGGCUGUCCUCCGGCGUCAGGUCACCGAGAUCCACCCCCCAGCCCCGGCCGCGCCAUGGCCCUGAAGGCCGAGGGCUCCGCACUCGACUGCUUCGAGGUGACGCUCAAAUGCGAGGAAGGGGAGGACGACGAGGAGGCCAUGGUGGUGGCCGUAAUUCCGCGGCCCGAGCCGAUGCUCCGAGUGGCCCAGCAGGAGAAGACCCCCCCGCCGAGGCCCAGCCUACUGGAGGCGGGCGGCGAUGGCUGUGAGGAGCCCAAGCAGCAGGUGUCUUGGGAGCAGGAGUUCCUGGUGGGGAACAGCCCGGGAGGCAGCGGGCGGGCCCUGUGCAUGGUGUGCGGGGCCGAGAUCCGGGCCCCCUCGGCAGACACGGCGCGCACCCACAUCCUGGAGCAGCACCCUCACACCCUGGACCUGAGCCCUUCCGAGAAGAGCAACAUCCUGGAGGCCUGGAGUGAGGGGGUGGCCCUUUUGCAAGACUUCAGAGCUGAGCAGCCAUCCCCACCCCACUCAGACCCAGGCCGGGAUGUCGAUGCAGACCCAGACUCGGACCCCGACCCUGCCAAAAUGCCAGCGGAGAUUGUCGUGCUCCUCGACUCCGAGGACAGCACGUCCCUCCCCAGAAGGAGCCGGCCCCGGGGACUCCGCCCUCUGGAGCUUCCCGCCGCCCCGGCCCCAGAGCCAGUGAGCAAGAAGCCCCGUGGUCAGAGAUGGAAGGAGCCCCCUGGAGAGGAGCCGGUCAGAAAGAAAAGAGGCAGACCCAUGACCAAACCCCUGGACCUGGACCCUGACCCUGACCCAGAUCCCCCUUCACCUGACUCACCCACAGAGACUUUCGCAGCUCCCCCCGAGGUCCGACACUUCACCGAUGGCAGCUUUCCCCCCGGCUUCGUCCUCCAGCUCUUCUCCCACACCCAGCUCAGGGCCUCAGACAGCAAGGACUCGCCCAAAGAGGGGGGAGUUGCAGAAGGAGGCCUUCUCCAGGCGGAAAGCCCCUCUCCAGCUCCCCCUCCGGGGCUUCGCGGGACGCUGGAUCUCCAGGUUAUCCGCGUGCGGCUGGAGGAGCCCCCGGCAGUGAGCCUCCUGCAAGACUGGUCCAAGCACCCCCAGGGCAGCAAGGGUGUGGGAGCAGGUGACACCCCAGACUGGCCCUCGGUUCUGUCGGAAUCCAGCACCACUGUCAGGGGGCAGCCAGAGGCAGGGAGUGGCGUGUAGGUUCUUGCUUUUCUGGGGUGGGAGGGAGGGAGGGAGGAGGCAGUGUCCCCCUUCGGCUUGUCACUCAGAGCUGCCCGACUCGGCCACCUGAUGGAGAGUAAAACCAGGUGCCAAGGCAGGAUGGAGGAGAGGAAGGCGGGUAGCAUCUGCUGUCCCCGCGGCGAUGGAGAACGUCUCCCCAGCAAGACAGAGGCCAGGCCAGGGGGGCCGAGGGCUGUCGGGCUGUCGGGCUGUUGUGCAGUAGGGCAUUGGGCCUGUGGAGAACACCCACUGAUCCUUCCUUUUGCUGACCCAGACCUCUGGCCCCCUGACCUCCUCCCGCCCCUCGGCCCCCACCAUUCUCCCUUGGCACAGUGCCUUACACAAGAGGUGGUCGCGACGGUGUUGAACUGAGUCCCACUACCUCGGGGGCUGCCUCUCCUCCCCCACCUGUUCAGGCUCCUAAACCAGGAGCCUCCAUUACCUCUUCCCGCUCCGUCCCCGCAGGUGGCCAGAACAGCCUGCCUGGGGGCUCGGUCACUCCUGCUCUCGUGUUCACCUCUUUUCCUGUUGUAUAUAUCUCCUUUGUUGACAAUAAAUUAUUUUUUUUAUGAAGAGA